AAUGUUGAGAGAAGGCCGCGUUGGAUUUUUUUCGUUGUAAAGGGCUUGUGUUUUGUAUCUAGUAUAGAUAUCAGGUCAGAAGUCAUAGUAGAAUAAUGUAUUUUGCCCCAAAAUUAUCUUCAAUUCAUACAUACAGAUACGUACAGUACUCUACCUUGCAAGUUGACCCAAAACAUAGUAUAAGUGAGGUGAGGAAGUGUUGAUUUGGAGGGACAAAGAAGACGUAAGAGAGAAGAAAUUAAACUGUGUGUUGAGGUUCAAAAACAGACAGAUCGAGAAAAGAGAAGUACUCCUUCCUCACCUUCAAUUCUCCCAAAUCUCCUCUCCUCCAUCGACCUUCACUACUCCAUUACUCCUUCCAAAAUCCUUAGUUACUAAUCAAAAUAUUCCACCUUAAUUUUCCUCGAUCGUGUUCUUAACUCAUUACCAGAGAGAGACACUAUACACAACACAAGAGAAGAGAAGAGAAACAAAGAUGCGCAACAUGGCAAGUUCUGCUUCAUCACGAGGCAUUGCAGCCAUCGUUGGUGUAGGGCCCAACCUCGGCCUGUCCAUCGCUCGCAAGUUCGCUCAUGAAGGCUACACCGUCGCCAUUCUCGCUCGUGACUUAGGGAGGCUUUCAAGAUUCGCGGAAGAAAUAGCGAGGGAAGAAAUGGCACAGGUGUUUGCGAUAAGAAUCGACUGUUCCGAUUCCAAGAGCGUGAGAGAGGCAUUUGAAGGGGUGCUGUCACUGGGAUACGUGGAGGUUCUGGUUUACAAUGCAGCGCACCACCCACCAUUCUCUUCCGCACCCACCUCCUUCCUACACCUCCCUCUUCAAUCCUUCGAGAAAUCGCUAGAUGUUUCAUCCCUCGGUGCUUUCCUCUGCGCUCAACACGUGCUGCCGGGCAUGGUUGAAAGAGGAAAGGGCACGAUUCUCUUUACUGGCUGCUCCGCUUCUCUUAACGGCAUUGCUGGAUACUCUGAACUAUGCUGUGGGAAAUUCGCUUUGAGGGCACUUUCACAAUGCCUGGCCAGGGAAUUUCAACCUCAAGGAGUGCAUGUAGCCCAUGUUAUCAUUGAUGGUGUUAUUGGCCCACCCAGAGGAACAAGUACAACAGCGUCGUCGUCGCAGAGAGGUUCGGUUAACAUGGACCCAGACGCAGUGGCUCAAAGCUACUGGCAAUUGCACGUUCAGGACAAAAACGCUUGGACUCAGGAGAUGGAUCUUCGUUCCUCUUCUUCUGUAUUCUACUAGUGACUCCUACAUUAUAUUAAUUUUUUGUCUGCUCUUUCCCUACCUUCCGUAUUUUAUGUCCCUCAAUUAUAAUUUUCUGUCUUUCAAUCAUUUCCAACACUGAUGUCUCACCAUCAAUUUAGAAUUAAUUAAUGAUGUUCCUGAUCAGCUAAUGCACUGUGCUGAAUUGUGUGUAUAAAGAUUUUACUGCAUUGAAAUGUUUGAUUGAUCAUAUGAGCG